GCGCCGUUAUGCUUGGACGUUUAGGGCUCGAGGCGGGAAGAAGCCUAGCAACAAAGCGUCCGUGACGCGCGAGCCGACGAGCAAAGCAGGCCGCUAUUGGCGUUAACCGAAGACAACAUGCCUCGGGAGAUCAUAACACUGCAGCUUGGGCAGUGUGGAAACCAGAUCGGCUUUGAGUUCUGGAAACAACUUUGUGCAGAGCACGGCAUCAGUCCUGAGGGCAUCGUCGAAGAGUUUGCCACCGAGGGCACAGAUCGGAAAGAUGUGUUCUUCUAUCAGGCAGACGAUGAGCACUACAUUCCCCGAGCCGUGCUCUUGGACCUGGAGCCCCGGGUGAUCCACACAAUUCUGAAUUCGCCAUAUGCCAACCUGUACAACCCUGAGAACAUCUACCUGUCUGAGCACGGUGGCGGAGCUGGCAACAACUGGGCCAGUGGGUUCUCUCAGGGGGAGAAGAUUCACGAGGACAUCUUUGACAUUAUUGACAGAGAGGCUGAUGGCAGUGACAGUCUGGAGGGCUUUGUGCUGUGCCACUCCAUCGCUGGAGGCACAGGCUCCGGCCUGGGCUCCUACCUGUUGGAAAAACUGAAUGACAGGUAUCCUAAGAAACUGGUCCAGACCUACUCUGUGUUUCCUAACCAGGACGAGAUGAGUGACGUGGUGGUCCAGCCCUACAACUCUCUGCUUACACUCAAGAGACUGACUCAGAAUGCAGACUGUGUGGUGGUGCUGGAUAACACAGCUCUGAACAGAAUAGCUACAGACAGGCUCCACAUCCAGAACCCGUCUUUCUCUCAGAUCAACCAACUGGUCUCCACCAUAAUGUCUGCCAGCACAACCACGCUGCGUUACCCUGGAUACAUGAACAACGAUCUGAUUGGGCUGAUUGCAUCCCUCAUCCCCACUCCCCGCCUCCAUUUCCUCAUGACUGGUUACACACCGCUGACGACCGACCAAUCAGUUGCGAGUGUAAGGAAGACUACAGUCCUGGAUGUGAUGAGGAGGCUUCUGCAACCGAAGAACGUUAUGGUGUCUACGGGUCGAGAUCGGCAGACUAAUCACUGCUAUAUUGCCAUCCUGAACAUCAUCCAGGGAGAGGUGGAUCCCACACAGGUCCACAAAAGCCUUCAGAGGAUCCGAGAGAGAAAGCUGGCUAACUUCAUCCCGUGGGGUCCUGCCAGCAUCCAGGUGGCGCUCUCCCGCAAGUCCCCAUACUUACCCUCCGCCCACCGCGUCAGCGGACUUAUGAUGGCCAAUCACACCAGCAUCUCCUCACUGUUUGAGCGCACGUGCCGUCAGUACGACAAGCUGCGUAAACGGGAGGCCUUCUUGGAGCAGUUCCGCAAGGAGGACAUGUUCAAGGACAACUUUGACGAGCUGGACGACUCGCGCGAGGUCGUGCAGCACCUCAUUGACGAGUACAGCGCUGCCACCAGGCCCGACUACAUCUCGUGGGGCGCCCAGGAGCCCUGAGGGGCUGGCAGGCUGCUCCUCCGCCCGUGCACGCUCGCCAUGCACCCCUGUCCCGCCGGCUUCGGAGCGGACCUCUGAAAAGACGCCUAUGUUUUCCUCGGCCUCUGUCAGUCAGUGAGCGGCACAGUCUCCUCCUCUGUGGUGUGUUGGUUGGGUGGACAGGAGGAGGCGCGUCUCUGUCCUGAGCGCGCGUGGACCUUUUUAACGUGUGUAUGUAGAAUUCUCCCAGCUGUACAGAUCUGUGUAAGAGUCCUGUAAUCUGAGCUUGUCUGCUACCCAUUAAGAAAAGUUGUUGAUGAUGUGGGGAAAACUCCUCGUUCUUUGAUAUCUUCACUGUUCCUUGUCUCUGUUUCUGUCAUCCUCUCAUCCACCCCUGUUCUGUUUCUCUCUCUCUCUCUCUCUCUCUCUCUCUCUCUCUCUCUCUCUCUCUACCUCCCUCCAUCCUCAGACACCUUCUGCAUUCUGUUCUCUUUGCCAAGGUGUACCUUCGGUCGAGACACAGACAUGCUCACGCCCACACGCCCAUGGAGUGUGCAUGCUUACACACCUACUUGCGCCGUCAAUCUGUCUCUCUCUCUCUCUCACACACACACACACACACACACUCAGCUCUGUCGGAGCUGAUGAAGCCGGGUGGUCUCGGUGACCUGAGCACUGCUCUGCAGGAGGGAGAGAGGGAUGGAGAGAUGCGGAGCAGCAGACCAGAGGGAGCAAUGGGGAGAUGAGCCUGGUGGAAGGGGGGGGGGUCCAAGUAGCUUAUGACCUCACUGUUUGGCGCCAGCCCGCGCGCACACACACUGUCCGCAGAGCUGAGCUGCUGAAGUUUUUCAAGCAAAGUGGAAAACCUCUCAGCGUACUGAUAAUCAGACAACAAAACAUCUGUUAUUGGUAGCUUACGUCAGACUAUCGGACCUCUUUGGGAGAAUGUCAGACCUCACUGUGUCCUUUUAAGCAGUUAUUAUGACUUAGCAACCAGGGUGUGUGUAGAUGGGAAUUUGGAGAGUAAGACAUCUGAUCCACGAUCAGCCCUUCUGAUGGAUAUAGCUAAAGUAGGCACUGUUCCUGGAUCAGGACUACUGUUGAGUUCUCCUUUUCAGCGGGGAUGAGUUUCGCAAAAAUAUUGCAUCUUGAUCUAGUCUCAGCUAUUGUUUGUGUGCCACUGUUUCCACUGUGUAAUGCUGAUCUGUGCUUGGCAAAGCUUUUCAGACACUGCACCCACAUCAGAAUGUUGUCACGUGACCUCAGUGUUAAAUUUGAUGGCCUAGUUUGCUUUUUGUUGUGCUCCUGUUCUGUUGAGAAUAACUUCAUAGAACUCAACCCUCCACUGACUCAUGCUGUUCCUUCUUGUCUUAUUGUGGCCCUGCUAUUCCCACAUUUUUCUACUGUGUAUACUAAGAAAUUGCCUUUACUUUAAAUGGGUGACGAAUAAAUGGUUUUCUGUGAGGGA